AGUUUUUUUUUUUUUUUCACACUAUAACCCAAAUCCUGCAGAAGUGAGAAACCACAGCCACCCACUCCCACUCAACCAAAUCCAUUGACACUUUGGGAUUUGAAAUUUACAAAAGUCUGAGACAGAUCCCAUUUUCAUAUUAGUCACUAGCGAAAAACUUUACCUAAUUAUAAAAUCUCCUCCUCUUUUUUGACUUUCAACGACUCACUAUUCUCUUCCACUUCCUCCAAGCAUAUGAUACAGCCAAACUCACUCUGAACUCCCCAACUUUUCAACCCCUUAUCCUUCUUCUACUUCUUCUGAAUCAUGUCUUCUGAUUAACCUCUGAUUUUGAAGCCGUGCACGUGAAAGGGAUCUCAAUGGAUUCCAAACUAUCACAUCUCUACCCCGUGAUUCCAUUAUGUCUUUUCUUCUUUUCACACAGUCUGUCUUCUUUCUGAGCUCCUCCACCGACCUUUCUCCAAGUCCAGAUUCCAAAAUAUGGGCUUGCCUCUAUGGGGAACUCUCAUAUUCCUCUCCCUCUUCGUCAAGCAUCUGACCAGCCAAGAUCCCAACACAGACGCCUCUUAUCUCUCCAACUUCUUCACAGCAAUGGGACUACCCAAUUCUUCCCAAGCUCACACAUUAUCUUCUUCUUCUUUAUGUUCAUGGCCAGGAGUGGUCUGUAACUCAAGAAGAGAGUACGUGCUCCGCUUCUCAGCUUCUUGGUCAGAACUGUCCGGUCCCAUCCCUGACAACACCAUCGGGAAAUUGAGAAUGCUCCGAUCUUUGGAUCUUAGUGGCAACAAGAUUACGUCUCUGCCCUCGGAUUUGUGGAGUCUGGGCUCCCUCAAGAGUCUCAAUCUCUCCUCCAACCGGAUUUCUGCGCCUCUUCCCAGCAACAUCGGCAAUUUCAUGACGCUUGAGACCCUUGAUCUUUCUUUCAACAGCUUCUCCGGAGAAAUCCCUGCCGCUAUAAGCUCCCUUGUCAAUCUAACAACUCUCAAGCUUGACAACAAUGGUUUUCAGUUUGUCGUCCCUCCAGGACUUCUCAAUUGCCGUUCUCUAGUCUCCAUCGACCUCUCAUCGAACCAGCUCACCGGGUCACUGCCUGUUGGUUUUGGUUCGGCCUUCCCAAAACUGAAAAGCUUGAACCUUUCACGGAAUCUGUUUCAGGGUUCAUUGAUAGGAGACUUGCAUGAAAACUUGGAAACAGUUGAUCUCAGUGAAAACCGAUUUGGUGGGCAUAUCUUGCAGUUAAUAGACGGCGUCAAACACAACUCGUCUAGUCUGGUUCAUCUUGACUUGUCCAAUAACCGUUUUUUCGGCCAUAUACUCAAUGGCUUGAGUUCAUCUCCGAAGCUGAGACACCUUAACCUCGCGUGCAAUCGAUUCAGGACACAAGAAUUCCCAAAUAUCUCAAAGCUUUCAGCUCUAUAUUAUCUGAAUCUAUCCAGGACCAAUAUAGCAGGUAUCAUUCCAGGUGAAAUCUCGCGGCUAAGUCAUCUCAAGGUUAUAGAUCUCUCCUCCAAUAAUCUCACUGGCCAUGUGCCUAUGUUGAGCCUCAAGAACAUUGAAAUACUUGAUCUCUCGCUGAAUAAGCUAGAGGGAGACAUUCCAAGGCCGGUUCUUGAGAAACUCCCCAUGAUGCAGAGGUUUAACUUCUCCUUCAACAAUCUAACCUUUUGCAACCCCAACUUCUCUCAAAGAAUGAUCCAGACAUCCCUCAUUGGCUCCACGAACAACUGCCCCUUUGCUGCAAAGCCAAUUGUUCAAAAGGGAAAGAAAAUCAACAAGAAGAAGACAGGGCUCAAGAUUGGUUUGGCGUUAGCAAUCUCCAUGGCCUUCUUACUUGUUGCGCUGUUGCUCAUACUUGUGGCCUUGAGAGGUAGAAGAAAAUCCAGAACAUGGGCAGCAAAGCAAGCCACAGAACCCAACUUGUCAGACCAAAAUGAAUCAACCGAUGUCUCAGUCGUAAUGAUCGACAAGCCGUUGAUGAAGCUGACGUUUGCAGACCUAAAGGCUGCGACUUUCAACUUCGACAGAGGCGCAUUGUUGUGGGAAAGCAAGUCUGGUCCUACUUACGAAGCAGUCUUACCUGAUGGAUUCAGAGCAGCUCUAAAAGUUGUCCCAAGUGGAACCACAUUGACCAAUCACGAAGCCUUGCUUGUGUUUGAACGCCUCGCCCGGAUCAACCACCCAAAUCUCGUCCCGCUCUCUGGAUACUGCAUAACCGCAGAGCAAAGAAUCGCGAUUUACGAGCACCUAGACAAUGUCAAUUUGCAAACUUUACUCUAUACCACAGUCGAUUCUGCAUCGUGGAGAUUCCGGCAUAAGAUAGCUCUAGGGACGGCGAGGGCGUUGGCUUUCCUCCAUCAUGGAUGCAUUCCUCCGGUGGUCCACGGGGAAGUGAAGGCUACAACAAUCUGCUUAGACUCCAGCCAGGAACCGCAAUUAGCAGAAUUUGGUUUAGUGAAACUCUUGGACGAGGGAUUUCCCGUAGUUUUAGACGGCUACUCACCGCCUGAGCUGGAGGAACAAGGCUCUCCGACGGUAGAAUCCGAUGUGUACAGCUUCGGAGUUGUUCUGCUUGAGCUCGUGAGCGGGAAGAAGCCGGAAGGGGACUUGGUGAAUUGGGUGAGAAGUUUGGUGAGGCAGGGACAAGGAUCAGAAGCCAUCGAUCCGAAGAUUCGAGAGACAGCUCCGGUGGAGCAGAUUGCGGAGGCGGUGAAGAUAGGGUACUUGUGCACCGCCGAUCUGCCGUGGAAGCGACCCACGAUGCAGCAGGUGGUUGGACUUCUCAAAGACAUUUCGCCCAACAGCUGAUGGGCCAGUUAUUGGGCCUCGUAAUGGGCCAAUAACACUUAACAAUAUUAACAUGGUCAUCAAAAGUUUGUAUGUUUAUGGUUGAUUUCGGGAUUUAGAAGAGAAGGAAAAUU